AUGUCGUCCUACAGCCGCGUGGCGCUGGUGACCGGAGCCAACAAGGGAAUCGGCUUCGCCAUUGCGCGCGAGCUGUGCCGGCAGUUCUCCGGGGACGUGCUGCUCACGGCCCGGGACGCCGAGAGAGGCCGGGCGGCCGUGCAACAGCUGCAGGCCGAGGGUCUGAGCCCGCGCUUCCACCAGCUGGACAUCGACGACCUGCAGAGCAUCCGCACCCUGCGCGACUUCCUGCGCCGCGAGUACGGGGGACUAAAUGUGCUGGUCAACAACGCAGGCAUCGCCUUCAAGUUUGAUGAUCCGACACCCUUUGACAUUCAAGCUGAGAUGACAUUGAAGACAAACUUUUUUGCUGUGAGAAAUGUCUGCACCGAAUUACUGCCAAUAAUAAAACCUCAUGGCCGCGUGGUGAAUAUCAGUAGUUUGCAGGGUUCAAAAGCUCUGGAGAACUGCAGAGAAGACCUGCAGGAGAAGUUCCGAUGCGAGACGCUCACAGAGGAGGAUCUGGUAGACCUCAUGAAGAAGUUUGUGGAGGAUGCAAAAAACGAAGUGCAUGAGAGGGAAGGCUGGCCCAGCUCGGCGUAUGGUGUGUCCAAGCUGGGAGUAACAGUCUUAUCGAGAAUUCAGGCCAAGAAGCUUGAUGAGAAGAGAAAAGCUGACAGGAUUCUGCUGAACGCCUGCUGUCCUGGCUGGGUGAAGACUGACAUGGCCGGGGAUUAUGGCUCCAGGACUGUGGAGGAGGGAGCUGAGACCCCUGUCUAUUUAGCCCUCCUACCCCCAGAUGCUACUGAACCUCAUGGCCAGCUGGUACGGGACAAAGUCAUCCAAAACUGGUGA